GUGUGGAACUCCAAUGGGAGGCCGUGAGCCUUAUUGUCUCUCUCUCUCUAAUUCUUCUCCAUUUCGGCACCACUCCGGCCACAAAACUGAGGAAGAUAGCAAGGUAAGCAAAAGCUUCCCAUUAGAAGAAAGUCAUACAUCAAAAACUUUGUCAGGGUGGUGUGACUUUUUGUUUACAUUUUUGAAGGAUGUCGCACAACAUCGUCUGCUCCAGAUGAUCUGUUAAGUCUGUUUUUCGGCAUUGCUCUCCAUUUAAUUUUCCAGGUUUAUCUUUUAUGACGGUAUCAGUAUUUUUAUUUGAACCAAUGCGUACCCAAGAGUCUUCCAGCCACUGGUUUUCGUGAGCAGACUGGCAGUUUGACUGACCAGGCAUCUGAACAGCUUUGUUAACCUCCUUGGAUUUCAUUCCUUUCUGUAUAUUUUCAUUUCUCCAGGUAUUUCUGUGUUACUAUUGUUUUAAUAAUUAUUCUAGGUACAAUGACUCGCCAAGUAAAGAAAAGGUACUGUGCUGUUUUAAACUGCCAGAGCUUCCAAAGCAGUCCACCCUCUCCAGACGAUACAAAAUUGACCAAGUUUCCCAACGACUUGUACCGGCUUCAGAUAUGGGUCCCGGUCUGUGGAAAUAAGGCAAUCCUUAAAAUAAAAAAUCUGUCAGCCUGUAUUUAUGGUGUUUGCCGGAAUCAUUUUAGAGAGGAGGACUUUGACCAUAGGAAAAUUUUAUUUAGGCAUGUUAAUCCCUCCCAAAACCUUCCCUCACCCUUGCCUGCGGAGGACAUGGCACAGUGGGUCCUUGGACUCAAUCAGCCUAGUUCUCCAGCUACAGCUGAUCCAGACCAGAUGCUUGCUAAUGACGAGAUCAACACUGCAUCAACUGUUGAGGAAGUGGUGCAGAGUAACACUUCACACAGUAGCCGUUCUAUGGAGAGACAUGGUGCUAAGAAUAGAUCCCCCAAGAAGGAAAGGUACACAAUUUCCAAAAUGUUAUUGGAGUGUGGUAUUAAUCCACAAAUGGCCACUCAAUCCCAUAAAAUUAUAGCCAAGAAGGCUCAGCAAGUGAGAUCCGAUGCUAUUAAAUUGAUAGUAAAGUUGGAACGAGCUCAACGAAGAAAUGGUGUUUUAAAAGCUCUCGCCACACAAAAGGCUGUUGACACUAUUCACGAUCUCCUAGUAUCUCCAGCAGCAAGGACCAUAUUAGAAUUUGAACUGAAGAAUUUUAAAAAGAAACCAAGAGGCCGGAGGUGGACUCGAAAAGAUAAAUUGUGGUGUCUUUCGAUUUUCAAGAGAAAUGCCAGUGUGUACAGAUUUUUGUGUAGCUUGCUAACCUUGGCCUCUCCUGAAACUCUUAAAAAUCUGACAUCUGAAAUUGUUCUGGAGCCUGGCUUCCAUGAAGCUGUUCUAAAAUCAAUGGAAAGUCGUGUUUCUAAAUGGAGUGCAAAAAAAAAGGAUGUGUGUGAUAAUGUUUGAUGAGAUUGCUCUGUU